CACCCUAUCCCUAAGCUCAUGGCGGAAGCUGAGGCCAAUUUCCGCAAUCUCCUCUCCAGGCAGAGCAAGACACUCGAGGAGGCAGUCGCGGAGUACCAGCGGCGGUAUGGCAGAAGCCCACCUCAAGGGUUUGAGAACUGGUGGCAAUUCGCGAAGGACAACGAUGUUGUCAUGAUAGACGAGUAUGAUAGCAUAGCGGAGGACUUGGCACCGUUUUGGCCGCUGUCGGGGGCUGAACUACGUCAGCGAGCAGCGCUGGCGGGACACCUACCCUCUGUUGACCUGGUCAGGAUACGUGACGGCAAGGCGAGUGCGGUCAAUAUCAAAGAUGGCCUCAGUGGGUCCGACGUCAGUGCACGGUCGCGAGGCUUCCUGCGCAUGAUCGAGAAGUUCCAGGACAAACUUCCUGAUCUAGAUUUCCCAAUCAAUGCCAUGGCCGAAGGGCGGAUACUAGUACCCUGGGAGCAGCACGCAUCUCCUAACUUCACCGUACAAGCUGGAACGGAUGCCAUGCAGGCAGAACUCAGUGGGCAGUAUGCACCAGACUGGCGGGGUGAAGGGAAUGUCUGGGAAGCAUACCGCCGCACAUGUGAACCAGGGAGCCCCGCGCGUCGCCUAUUCUCGUCAUUCCGCGCGUCCUCAACGAAUCGCACCUCACAGCUCACGGCGCGCACGCAGGAGUUCGUCUUCGCGUCCGAUGUGAGCGGGAACUAUUCAUUCUGUGCAAACCCGUGGGCGCACUACAAUCAGGGCCAUUUCUUCUCGGACUGGCGCACGAUCGCCGUACUCUUCCCCAUCUUCUCACCUGCCAAGGCGCCGGGGUACUCGGAUAUCCGCAUCCCCAGUCAUUACUAUUAUGGCCAGACAAGGCGCUACACGUAUGGCUACGACCCAGUGAACUUGGAGUUGAAAGAGGUGGAUCAUAUGGAGACAUCAUGGGAACAAAAGAAGGACAAGAUCUUCUGGCGAGGUGCUUCCACCGGAGGCGGUAGCUCUCCUCCGGGCUUCGCUGCGCAAUACCAACGGCAUCGCUUAGUGCGCAUGGCUAGUGACACGUCGAACACCAACCGCACGAUCGUCUUCGCUGAUCCGCCGGGCUCGACAAACUACAUAUACGCCGAGGUCCCCGUGGCUAGGCUCAACGACGACAUCAUGGAUGUUGCAUUUGUGAAGGUCGUUGACUGGUACAAUUUUCCCGGCGGCCUUGACGCGCUGAUCAGAGCGCAUCGCUUCGACGACGGCGGCGUGAACCUAGGCGACCACUGGCGGAACAAGUACAUCGUCGACGUCGACGGGAUGGGCUAUUCCGGCCGGUUCUUCUCGUUCAUGGAAUCGGACAGUGCGGUGGUCAAGUCGACCGUAUAUCGCGAGUUCUUCGACGAAUGGAUCCAGCCAUGGCUGCAUUACAUUCCCCUAUCACAGUCGUACCAGGAGAUCUACAACAUCCACGCAUUCUUCUCCGGCGCGACGUCAUCGACUCUGCAAGCAGUCAACUCGACUGCUCUGGAAGUGUCUCCGUUAGAAAGGCACACGAUCGACGGCGACCGCCGCCUAAGGCGUAUUGCCCGCGCUGGGAAGCAAUGGAAAAGGACAAUUGGCAGGCGCGUAGACAUGGAAGCAUAUGUCUAUCGAUUAUGUCUCGAGUAUGCGCGAUUAUUUGCGGACGACCGGGUUGCUCAAACAAUGUCGCUAUAGAGAUUAAUUUCCUUGUGUUUUCUGGACAUUUAUUGGGAUUACGUAGACUUCUCUAGUGUAUACACUGCUACAUGAUGGCACAUGGCGCAUAGUGGUAACAUGAUGGUGGACCCCGGUCGCUAGGGUGGCUGCAUAUUAGGAUGCGGAAUGCUUGUACGAAA